AUUGUGUUAGUUGUAUAACAAUUUUAUCGUUGAAGAGGUAAUAAUGUCAGGGGGAACUCGCCUAGAAAACGCCAAUCCUCUGAUAUUUCAGCGAUCGGGGGAAAGACUCCUCACUGCCACUGAUGAAGAUGAGGAUGUAGCGGAUCCCAUCGAUGACAGGGAGAUCUUCGAUCUGAUCAGAUCGAUCAAUGACCCUGAGCACCCACUGUCCCUCGAAGAGCUGAAUGUCGUGGAACAAAUGCGCGUCAAUGUGAAUGAUCAGGAGAGCAUGGUGUCUGUGCAGUUCACACCGACCAUCCCACACUGCAGUAUGGCCACACUC